UGUGUCUCCCCUCCCGGAUUCUGAGGACAGCAGCCCAGUUGAUAAGGACUUUCAAAUGUUAGAAUGAGAAAGGGCAACUGAGCCUGUCUCUACCACUAGUAGGGCUUUGGAGAUAGAAAGGUGUGUUCCCAGUUAAAGGUGGGCAAACAGCAGAGCCAGGCUGAGACUCGCCCCUCCCGACGGAGUCCGGGGCACUUCUUUGGUAAUAUUUCGCUGGAUGAAGCCACACAUUCCGCGUCUUUUAAAAUCCCCCGUGGAGCCAUGUCCUGUACUUGAAACUGAGCCAGAAUCAGCUGACCUUUGUCCCUGAGGCAAAGACCUGGUUCAGGAGCCCAGUCCAGGAACAUAAGGAGAGAGUGGAUCUGAGCUCUUCUAAAGUAGGAGACCUCACGUUGCACCUCAGAUCCGUCAGAGCCGGGAGACACUGCCACACCCAGCUCACUGCGACGGCAGAGAUGGAUCUGGACGUGAAGGUGUGGAAGCGAAUGUUCCAGGAAUUAAUUCGGGAGGUGAAGCCGUGGCACACAUGGCAACUCACGCUGGACAAAAGCCUUCUUCCUAACAUCCUGAAGCCAGGGUGGGCACAAUACCAGCAGUGGACCUUCGCCUGGUUCCAGUGCUCCUUGUGCUCUCGAAACUGGGCCUCCGCCCAAGUUCAGGUCCUUUUCCACAUGCACUGGAGUGAGGGGGAAUCCAGGGGGCAGGUGAAGAUGAGAGUCUUUGCCCAGAGAUGUCAGAAGUGCGCCCAGCCUUCGUUUGAGGUUCCCGAGUUCACAGAAGAGAACAUCUCAAGGAUCCUGAACAACCUGGUGUUGCAAAUUCUGAAGAAAUGCUAUAGAGAAGGAAUUAAGUUCGUGAAGAGUCCUAUGAUUAAAGACAUUGCUCUCAAAGGGCCACAUAACAGUGACAACUGCGAGGCAUGUCUGCAGGGCAUUUGUGUCCAGAAUGACAUAGGUCUGGCCGUGCAGUCACCAAUAGCCCUGCCAUUUCACACAAUAAGCUCGCCCACCCUUGGGAUCACCGCUGAAAUGCCUCCCACGAGUGGAAGCACCAGAGGGGAAGCAGUGAAGAAAAAGAAGGUAUUACCCAGAUCGUGGUUUCCUGAGCCCACACCAGCUGAGAGCCUCCCUACUUCGUGGAGCCCAAGAACGAACACCAGCUUCCAGAGGGAGAGAAGAGACCAGGAUUCCUCCUGCGAUCAGAGCUUCUAUUCCCACCCAGCCCAGCAUCCCAGGAGCACACACAUGCACUGCUGCUGUUUCAUCCUAAUUUUAAUUGUAAUUAUAAUCAUCAUCGUAACUGUAAUUGUGGUAGAAGUUACUAUCUGAGCCUCGAAAGCUUGAUCAGUGAGUUUAUAAAAUCAGACACACAGUCAUCUACUGUAUAAUCCCACUGACGCAAAAUAUUCAGAUUAGGUAAAUCUAGAGACAGGAAGUAGAUUUAGGGAUGCCAAUCAAAGGAGAAAUGGUGGACUGCUAUAUAGUCUGUGUGGUUUUUUUGGGGGGUGACAAAAAUAUUUCAGAGGUGAUGGCUGCAUAACGCUAUGAAUACACCAAACGCGCCUGCAUUGUUCACUUUAAAAUGGUUAAUUUAAUGUAAAGCUCGCCUCAAUGAAAAAAAAAAAAAAACACUGCAAUUUCAUUCAUUCUCUGCAGAACUGAGACUGAGGCGUUUAUGGCUCAUGGAACCAUUUGGAAAUCUCAUGCAACCCGGGGGCCCUCUCACCAGAAAAUUUCGCACAGACCCUCUGUUGUCAGUCUGUGGAGGUGUUUGCUGUUCAAAGCAUUUGCCUGAAAAUCAGGUUCUAAGUCAGAGGUCUCCACUGAGGAGCUAACACACAGCUGAGGAGUGAAGCAGGAAGCUCCACCAAGGCUGGCAGUUAUCCUUCCAAGGUCCAUUUAACUUAUUCUUUGUACUUUACUAUUUCUUGUCACAUGCUUUGUAAUGUAUGUUAUUAGCAGAAUGGGAUAGUGAUGGGAUAAAUAAAUACACACCCAUUUGGUGUGUGUGUUCAGUUUCUCAUCGACAGGGUUGCACAAUCAAAAUCAUCAGGGUGGUGGGGGGGGUGGGGGGAACCCUGCUCUGAAGACCAAGGGUGGAAGCCUGUGCAUGGAUUCUCAGCUAGAUUCUGAAAUCCAGUUGUUUUUGUACAAGUUUGCUGUUCUGAUUAAUGAGAACUAUCUUAAGACUCAUUCUCACAUCUUCUUUUAAAUGUAGAAAUAGGAAUCCUCCCAUUUACAUGGCUAAAAUGAAAGCAAAAGUCAUUUACAGCAAAUGCUCCUUUUCCCUUACCCUCGUCCCCUUCUCCAUCCGUCUGGCCCCCUCAUCAGUGUCAGUGGUUCCUGCAAGCGCAGGGUUGGUCUGGUCCAGCCCCAGCCUGCAGGCUGCUCCCUCUGGGGCAAUCUCUACAACUACUUCACUUUGCAAAACUGAAGCUUUGUAGCCAUUAAACAACAACUCCCCCUUUUUCCUUCCCCCGAGGCCCUGCUAACCAACAUUCUUCUGUCCAUUUCUUUAAAUUUGACUACUUUAGACUACAUAUGCCUGAUAUAUGUGGAAUUACAUAGUGUUUGUCUUCUUACAACCGGUUCAUUUCACUUAGCAUAAUUCCGUCAAGGUUCACCCAAGUUGUAGUGUGUGACAGGAUUUCACUUCCUUUCUGGGGCUGAAUCAUUUUCCACUCUAUGUAUGUACCAUAUUUUGUUUAUCCAGUCAUCUGUUGAUAGGCACGUGGGUUGCUUCCAUCUCUUGGAUGCUGGAACUAGUGCUUCUGUGAACUUGGGUGCACAAAUAGCUCUUGAGACUCUGCUUGCAACUCUUUUGGAUAUAUACUCUGAAACGGAACUGCAAGAUCAUACGAUAAUUCUAUUUUAAUUUUUUGAGGAACCUCCAAACUGUUCCAUAACUGUACCAUUUUACAAUCCCAACAUAAGGAUUCCAAUUUCUUCACAUUCUAGCCAACAUUUACUUCAUUUAUUUUGUUUUUUUUUUAAUAUGUAAUCACCAUAUCAAUGGUGUAAGGUGAUAUCUUAUAGUAUUUUUGAUUUGUAUUUCUAGACAAUGCAUUUUUUUAUGAUGAAAGUUUAAUUUUCCAAGGCAAUAUCAGAAAUAAUAUUUGUAAGAACUCAGCACAGAGAUAACUACUGGGAACACAACCCAAAUGUAUGGGUAAAUCUUUCACAGACUUGAGCACAGUCUACAUACCUGUAUUAGACAAGUUGCCAUUAGACUUAAAAUAAAUAGCAGGAUAAGACUGAGAACACACACGCCUAAGAAACAAGCGUGUAAGAGAAAUGAGGGAGUCCCACAGCCCAUACACACCUGGACGCUGGGUGACCAGUGAGGCGGGGAAGGUAUGCUGGAUCAUUACCAUAAAAAGGGUUCAGGCCUUCCCUGAUGGCUCAGUGGUAAAGAAUCCACCUGCCAGCUCAGGACACACUGGUUCCCUCCCUGGUCUGGGAAGAUCCCAUACGCCUCACAGCAACUAAAACUCCUGUGCCACAACUAUUGAGCCGGUGCCCAGGAGCCACAACUACUGCACCCACAUGCCAUAGCUUCUGAAGCUUGCGUGCCCUGGAGCCCAUGUUCUACAACAAGAAAAGCCACCACAACAAGAAAUCUGCACGCCACAACUAGAGAGCAGCUCCGGCUCACCACAACUAGAGAAAAAGCCUGACAGCAACAAAGACCUAGCACAGCCAAAAAUAAAGCACAAAAUCAAACAUUUUUAAUUAAAAUUGUUUUUAAAAAGGAGGUUCCUAGUGGAAAGCAAAUCAUCAAAUCUUAAAGUGGGAUCAGCCUUAAAGAUUGUCUUUUCCACCUCUAUUUUUUGCAGGUGGGGAAAAUAAGACUCCCCCAAAGUGAAGUGAUUUUUCUCAGGACAGUACAGUGCAUUUGUAAAAGAGCUGGCCUUGCAAUCCCGGCUCCUUGAGUUCCAGUGUUGACUAUCGGUCCCUUCAGGAGGUUACCAAAUAUAUUCAGAAAGUCACAAGAAUAAACGUGCUCUCAAUGAGAACCAGAUCUAUUUUGGACCAAUUCAUCACUAGUACCUGAGUUACAGGAGCUACCCAGGGUUGACCAGUUACAAGUGAAAAUAGAUUGUGAUGCAGCAGCUGAUUAGUAAGACUGAAAUCCUAACCCCAGACAGUGUCCCUCCUCCCCUCAAAGCCACACCUCUACCAGCGCAGGCUCAGCCUUGGGUCCUCUCUGUCCCCCUGGUGAGUUUCACAGUCAAGGCUAGUUCAUCUGUGUAACACCGUAUCUUCUUCGGUCCCAGUACCAGGGUUCUGCUGCUUUCUUUCCUAAGAAUUAUGAGUUAAGGCCUACUCAACUGUAAUUUGCUUCUCCUGUAAUUUAUAUUACACUGCAAUAAAAUGACGGAAGCAUCUCAAUUUUUCACUCUGAUGACACAGCUGGAGACUCUAAGCAGAGAUAUUGGAGUUGCCUACGAAUGCUGAAGUUUGGCACCAUUUCAAAUUUUAAAGCCUAGAUAUAAUUUCCUAAUUUUUAGAAAUAAAACCAAUGUACAUGCCAUAAAAUAAGCAUUUAAACCUAUGGACACCACAGAACAAUAACUAAGAAGACACACAUACGGCCAAAAGCAUGUGACAAAGUGUUCAACAUCACUAGUUAUCAGAGAAAUCAAGUCAAAACUUCAAUGAGGUACCACAUCACAAAGGUCAGAAAGUGUGACAUCAUCAAAAAAUCUACAAACAAUAAAUGCUGGAGAGUGUGUGGAGAAAAGGGAACCCU